GAUGAAUCGCACUCCGGCCAUCCAUCCAUCCAUCCAUCCAUCCAUCCGUUCUUGCCAUGUCGUUGUUUGACAUCUGAGGACGGGAGCUGCGAUUGAGACUGGCACGUUCGACCGGUGUGCGGGACGUGAUGAAAUAAAGCGACAAAAGCCAUCAGAAAUGAAAACAGAAGUCCUGCCUGCCUUGAUGUUGGCGGCUGCGCUCGUCGUCACGCUGGCCUCCUUGUCGCCAGCCGUGAGCGGCGAUCUUCAUAGGGAUGAGGUGCACGGUCUCAUGAAGCAGCUGCGUGAGGUCAUCGCCGACAGCACACGGCCGGACCACAUUGCUGCAGGCGUUGCGGAGCGCUCCGGGGCGGCCGUCGGCGCUCUGCUGGGAGGAGCAUUUGAGACGGCUCUGCAGCUGGAGGCAUCAAGGCUGCUGACGUCAAUCGGGAAGGCCGGCACCCAGGCCGUUGGGGCCCUCAUACGGUAGUGUUGACACAGAGAUAUAAAGAGAGGCAUUCUGGGUGUGUCUGUGUCAGGGUGGGUGUCAUCUCUUCUCUUGUGAGGGCCAUCAAGCGUGCUGUAGACCUCCCAGACGAAGAGCUUGCCUCAGCCAUCGUCAUGCCCUUGCACCAGGUUGUGCUCGUGGCCGAUGAGAAUGGCUUACCGUGGAAGGAUGAGCUGUUCGAGGCCGACGGGCUGCCUCCGCUCGUUCGGCUGCUGGACCACCAGCACGAGGAGGUCAAGAGAGCCGCAACCACCAUCAUCAGGAAGCUCCAAUUCGCUCUGUGUGUGGCUCCAAGACCUGCGUGUGUUGAUGUGGCCUACACCUUGUUCGAGCAUGGGGCGCUCAAGAAGCUCUCGGCAUUGCUGUUACGGCCCGAUGUCGAGAUGCGUCACAAUGCCGUUGUCAUUGUAGAACACAUCUUGAUGCCCAUACUUGAUGACCUUCGUAAGAUGGAACACCCACACCAACCACUGCAGGGCACCACAACCCUCUCUUUGUUUGUGUAUUUGUUUGUUUGGUCCAACUGUGUGUGAUCGAUAUAUCAGCCGAGCGGCCUGGGCUGCAGCAAGCCGUGAUUGAGACCAUCAUCGAUUCUGAAGUGUUGCCCAAGCUGGCAGUCGCCGCAUCAGGCAGCCAUGUUGGCCGAGGAAGCCAUGCAGCUGCCUACAUCCUGCCGUAUCAUCGUGUGUGUAACCUGCUGAUACACAGGGGGAAUGACACCCAGGUGAGGUGGCAAGGAAAGAGACAACAGCUCUUCUUAAUUUCUCUCAAUCUUCCUCUGGAUGUGUCUGUGUGUGCGUUGCGUUGGAUGCAGCAAGUCUACGCAGCUGCUCACGGAUGCAUUGAAAAGGCGUGUGUCUUCCUGACGGCGCGUGUCAAGCAGAUGCAGGCGCCGUUGUCGGACUGGGAUUACUUUGACACUCUCCUGGUCGACUCCUUGGGGGGUGCCCUCAGGUCCACUCCUUCGCCUUGGGACACCUUCUACCAGAAUUCGCUCAGUGGCAGUUUGAGGCAGCGAGCCACAGCCGCCAUCCUUACGACGGUCUCACUGCACUGACCACACGAGGGGCAAAACACCCGAAUCGCACGGAUCGUCUGUCGUCUUGUGUAUCUACCUGUCUGCAGCAUGGUUGUGGGCAGUCGAUCAAGGAGCUCGUUGAGCACCCCACUGACGCCAUCAGCAUGAGAGCCAAAAGGGCCAUGGAGCUAUUGGAGGCAAACGUGGAGAGCAUGGAGGACGACAGUGACGACAGUGACGACAGUGGCGACAGUGACGGCACGGACACGGAUUCCCUCCUUGACGAGUCGGACGUCAGUAUCCUCGAUGAACCUGAGGGCCCCGUUCAGUUCACCGGGCGGGCAGCGGCAUCCAUCAAGAUGUUGACCCUGCAACUGAGGAGCGACGACAAGCAGCAGCUACUGGGUGCGUUGGUGGGAGUGGUUGAGGGCACUUUCCGAAGCGAGCGUGCGACCACCAAGCAGCUGCUGGUCGCACAGUAUGCCGAUCAGCUUGGGGAAUCUGUCCUGCGUGUCUUGUGCGAGACAGAGGACGAUGACGUCCAGCGGGCAGCGGGCGAGGUCCUGGGCCUUUUUGCCGGGAGCGGCCCUCGGGUGGUCGAUGUGUUCAUCCGGUGAGUGAGUGAGUGAGUGAGUGAGUGCAGGGGGUGGGUACUGUACGCUGGGCGAUCGAUUGUGGGCUCGUCAAUUGUCUCAGGUUUGGCGCGAUCCCCUCUCUUGUCCAGGCUCUCAGACGCAGCACGGAGCUCUCAGGCAGACACGCAGCUGGUGCCCUCAGUCCCCUCAACAUUUUACGCCCCCUGCAGCUCCUCUUGCGUGAGGCUGGUGCUCAGUCGACCAAUCAGCUGAUGGAGGCGGGCGGGCUGCCCCUCCUAGCCAAGCUGCUGGACCAUAGUGACCUGACGGUGAAGGCAGCGGCCGUCCGCAUUCUCGCAGUGACCCCGGGCGGCCACCGAGUCUUGUCAACCCGAAUUAUCGGCAUCGCUAUCAUCCUUGCCGCCUUAGUCAUGCUGCCGCGUUUGUGGCGCUUCCUCUACGUCCACCUUUUGCGGCUGCGGCAGCACCGACGGGAGCAGCAAGCCGAGCGGCACCAGAGAGACCUGCUGGCUGACGAAGAGGCGGAGAAGAACAGGGACAAUGGCAGAGGCGGCAAGGGGCGACAACAGACCACCGUCCGCAGACGGCCCGUCGCUCAGCCUUCCUCUGGUAGUGAUGACCAGGGUGGGCGGCUCUCCUGUACAACAGCCAGCAGCAGCGGCAGCAGCAGUGGCCGCCAGACACCCAGUGUGCUGCGAGAGGAAUCGACCACCGUGGCUGAGAUGGAGUCUGAUGACGGCCAGUGGAAGGCGGUGACGCGCAAUCGGUCGAACAGGACCAAGAGGGGCGGCAGCACUCAAGCGACUUCCUCUCACCAGACGCCAACCAGCGCAAGCAGUAGCCUGACGACGCCGUCCAGCAGCCCUGUGACGACGAACGGUGAGGGGCAUCCGUCUGAAGGCGUCAGCAGUGCCACAUCGUCGGCCGAUCAGACGCCGCGCGACACUCUGCCGAUAAGCGUCAGCAUACCAAAGAGGCGGCGGGCGGCCGGGAGGGGCCUGGGGCUGACAACCAUCGCACCACCGCCGCCAUCGAUGGGUGCGGCCCCUCCGACUCCCUGGCUGCCGUCAGCAGAGGACAUCAGCAGCUCGACGGCUCAUCGGCCGCACCUUCCCCCGCCCCCGCCCCCGCCCCCCAGCCCUCCUGAGGUCUCGUGUGGUGCUGCCCUCAGCGAUGUGUGGCCCUCAUCGGGGAGUUCGGUGCGUGCUCAAGCUGGUCUGUCCCACAACAGGGGCCCCCCGCCUCUCGUCAAGUGCGGCCAUGGCCAUGGCAGCCAGCUGCAAGCAACGGCCGAGUACGAACGCACACAGACACAGGAAGGACACCUUUUCAUUUAUUGUGUCGUUUCAGAGUGGGCCGAUUUCGUGACGAGCAGCGCCAGACGAGUGACACGCCCCAGCAGCCCCACCGUCUCUCACCCUCGGCCAGCGCCAGCACCACCAGCACCACCAGCAGCAGUGCGGCGGCCCUCGAAUUGCUCACCGAGGAGCCCAGGAGCCAAGACAGCACACCACAACAAGAGACAGCAGCGGAGCAGGCCAUCAGAGACGGCACGUGUGUCGCCUGCCAUGAGCCGGGUCCAACAGUGGUCUUUUUCCCCUGCAAGCAGCGGUGUCUGUGUGCCGCCUGCUGGGCCAUCAUGUCCCGCAACCACAAGCGGGCUAAAGGGGAGAGGGAGCGGCUGAGGGCUGAGGGAGUGCCGGACAAGGCGAUGGAUAUGGCCGUGCAGAUCGAUGCGGAGCUCAAGUGCCCGGCGUGUCUCACCAAGGCCGACUAUGCCACCGAUCUGAAGGGCAUCAAAGUUACCACAUGACGUAGGUGGGCGAGAGAGGAAGGGACGGCCGUGAGGUGGGUGACAUCUAUGUGAGAAUGGGGGAAGGAAUUA